CCGAAAUGUUCUUACACACAGUUUGUGAUCAUACAUAUGUUGUGAAUGAGGCCAGAUCUCCAGAGGAACAUAGGUUUGUGGAAAUAUGUUUCAAAUUGUGAGAGAUGCAGGAAACAUUUUAAUUUAUGCUAAGGCACUCCAUAUGACGCUAUGAAAUAACUUUAUAUUCUUUUUUUUUGAGUACGCAUGUUAGCUGGGGUACUUUAAAAUGGCAAUAGAAAGACGCUCAUUGUGAUCCCUUGAACAUGUAUAGCAUAAACUGUUCUCAACAAGAAAUAAUAAAUGAAUAACAGGAAAUAAAAGUAUUUGGCGAAGUAUCCUAGGACGGGACAAGUCACAAGUGCCAGAAGUUCUCUUGUGAACACAAAUUUGCCGCCGGUAAUGCCUCGAAGGGUUAAACCUGUGGAAUGUUGCACUGAGGAAUGUGCAUGCAAAUAGAUUUAUGCUAAUGAUAUGCUAAUGAGCAGUUGGCUGGGAACAGAGUCAUGUCUAUCCUGACUGUUAGGAACUAAGAUGGAGGACUGGGAAGAGCGAAAUAUGGACCUGUAUUGAAUUUUGUAUGUCCAAGGAAUUCGUUUCUUCUUUUCCCUACUUAUGGAGGAACUUUUAGGAGCUGAUAAUGCCUAGAAAGGGGAACGGGCAGCUGCCGUUACCGGACGGCUGGGAAGAAGCGAGGGAUUACGAUGGCAAAGUGUUUUAUAUCGACCAUAAUACUAAGCAAACCAGCUGGAUCGACCCAAGGGACAGGCUGACGAAGCCGCUGUCGUUUGCGGACUGCGUGGGAGAUGAGCUGCCGUGGGGCUGGGAGGCCUCUUACGACCCGCAGAUCGGCAUCUACUACAUCGACCACAUCAACAAGACCACGCAGCUGGAGGACCCUCGGCAGGAGUGGCGCAAGGAGCAGGAGCGCAUGCUGAAGGACUACCUGACGGUGGCGCAGGACGCCCUCAGCACGCAGAAGGAGCUGUACCAGGUGAAGGAGCAGAGGCUGGCGCUCGCCCUGGACGAGUACGUGCGCCUCAACGACGCCUACAAGGAGAAGUCCAGCUCCCGCACCAGCUUGUUCUCGGGGUCAUCGUCCAGCACCAAGUACGACCCCGACAUCUUGAAGGCGGAGAUAUCAACCACUAAAGUCAGGGUAAAUAAACUGAAGAGAGAACUCUCGCAAAUGAAGCAAGAACUUCUGUACAAAGAACAAGGCUUUGAAACCUUGCAACAAAUCGACCAAAAAAUGUCUGGUGGCCAGAGUGGCUACAGGCUGAAGGAGGCCAAGGCCAUUGUGAGUGAGCUGAAGUCCAUUCGCAAGGCCAUCAGCUCCGGGGAGAAGGAGAAGCAGGACCUGAUGCAGUGUCUGGCCAAGCUGAAGGAGCGGUUCCACUCGGACCAGAACAUGGGCCGCUCGGAGCCCGACCUCCGGCACCCCGCCGGGGCUCACCUCCUGCUGUCCCGCCACACUCUGGACGCGGGGUCCCAGACCGACGUCUCCGGAGAGGCUGGUUUGGGGAGCAGGUCCACCCUGGCAGAGAAGGUCCGUCUGAGCCUUCAGUACGAAGAGGCCAAGAGGAGCAUGGCCAACGUGAAGAUCGAGCUGGCGAAGCUGGACAGCGAGACGUGGCCGGGCGCGCUGGACAUGGAGCGGGAGCGGCUGAUGCUCAUCAGCGAGAAGGAGGAGCUCCUGAAGGAGCUGCAGUUCGUCACGCCCCGCCGGCGCACGCAGGGCGAGCUGGAGCGCCUGGAGGCCGAGAGGCACCGCCUGGAGGAGGACCUGCUGUCCGUCAAGAGCGCGCCCAGCCAGGCGCUGGCCCAGAGGUUAAAGGCCCAGGAGAAGAGGCGAGCCCUGGUGCAGAGGCUGGAGGAGUCCACCAGACUGGCCACGCUCCUGCACUCUCAGCUCAAAAGCCUCUCUGCCAGCACGCUGUCGGUGUCGUCGGGCAGCAGCCUGGGCUCGCUGGCGUCCAGCCGCGGCUCUCUCAACGCCUCCAGCCGCGGCUCCCUGAACUCGCUGAGCUCCGGCGACCUGUACUACGGGCAGCCGGAGUCGCCGCUGGACCUGGACUACCAGUACAAGCUGGACCUGCUGCUGCAGGAGAAGCCGGCCUACUCGCCGUCGGGCCCCAUCACCACCAUCCACGAGCACGAGGUGGCCCGCAGCCCGGCCGAGGGGCCCCCGGCGGCGGGCCACGCCCCGCCCCGCCCGUCCGAGCCGCCCAAGUCGGUGGCGUCGCUGUCGUCGCGCUCCUCGCUCUCCUCGCUCUCGCCCCCCGGCUCGCCGCUGGUGCUGGACGGCUCCUUCCCGCCGCCCGCCCUCCCGGACGUGCCCGCCCACUUCGGCGACCCCGCCGAGGCCGCCGCUGCCGCCGCCGGCGACUUCGCCGCCCUCGGCUUCUACGACGGCCAGGUCCCGCUGGAGCCGGAGCCCGGGGAGAAGGAGCCGGGCGACGGGGUGCGGCGGGUUCCCCUGGCAACGCUCCGCGAAGGAAUGUCGGAGGCGGAGCUGCACAGACGGGCGGAGGGCUGUCUGCUGGAGGAGAAGCCGGCGUGUGUGUCGGCGGCCGUGUCCGACGAGUCGGUGGCGGGAGACAGCGGCGUUUACGAGGCGUCCGUCAAACGGUCCAAUGAGGGGGAGGACCAGGUGUACGUGGAGGACGAGCCCAGCGUCCCAGAGGCUGCUCAGGUCCAGAUGGGGUUCAAGUACGACGUGGCCAACGGGAGUUUCAUCAUCGUCGUCAUGCAGCUACAGAACCAGGCGGCUCUCCUGGUUCCGCCCAGCACCAAAGUGUACGUCCGAGUGGCCCUCCUGCCGUCCUCCAGCGACGUCAGCAGCCUGUUUCGAACCCGGGUCCAGGCCCUGGCCGGGGGGGGCACGGCGCUGAACGACGUGUUCCGGGUGGCGGAGUCCCAGUCCGCCCUCCGGCAGAAGACCCUGCGGGCCGACGUGUGCACCGUCUCCUCGUCCCGCCGGGAGGAGUGCCUGGCCGGAGCCCACAUCAGCCUGGCUGACGUGGCGCUGACGGGCGACCUCUCCAGCCACUGGUACAACCUGCUGACCUGCAAGAGGAGCAAGAGCUCUGGAGAGGAGAGGCCCGCCCCCGCACCCGAACAGCCCCCGGGCGGGGGCGUCGACCUGGACGCGGUGUCGGCCCUGCUGGAGAGGACCUCCAGCGAGCUGGAGGCGGUGGUGCAGGAGCUGGCCCAGGAGGAGAGGGACAGCCAGCUGGAGAUGGGGGAGGAGUGGCAAGAGGUGCUUGGCGAGAACAGCACAGAGCUUGUUAUGGGAGUAGAGGAGGAGGAGGAGGAGGAAGAGGAAGAGUCGGAAGUAAAAGAGGCAGAAGAGGCUGAGGAGUGCGCCGCAGCUUACGCAGAAGAGGAAGAGGAAGAUGGGGAAGAGGCGGUCGAGGAGGAAGAGGGGAAAGAUGAAGGGGUCCCCCAGCGGAUGCCUGAAGGACCGACGCUGGUGGACAAGGAGACGAACACGGAGGAGGCGGGGCCGGGGGGCCUGGCGGUGCGGCCCAAGGACCGGAGCGGCGUGGGGUCCAGGCAGCGGCCCUUCGUCCGGAACAGCAUGAUCAUGCGCUCGCAGACCUUCUCCCCCGGGGAGCGCAACCAGUACAUCUGCAGGUUAAACAGAAGCGACAGUGACAGCUCGACGUUGUCCAGAAAGUCCCCGUUUGUCCGGAACGCGUCGGAGAGACGAAGCUUGAGGGUGAAGCGGACCAUAUGCCAGCCGGCGGUGCGGCGGGGGGCGCCGGACCACCCGGCCCGCACGUCCCUGGACCUGGAGCUGGACCUCCAGGCGUCGCGGACGCGGCAGAGCCGGCUGGACGACGAGCUGCAGGCGCUGCGCGGGCUGAGGGAGCGGCUGGAGGCCCUGAAGGCCCGCGGAGAGACCGAGCUCCCGCCCGGCGUGCUGGAGGACGAGCGCUUCCACCGCCUGCUGCGGCAGGCCGAGAGGCAGGCCGAGCAGUCGAAGGAGGAGCAGAAGCAGGGCCUGAAGGCGGAGAAGCUGAUGAGGAGGGCCUCCAAGGACGUGUGUCGGCUCCGGGAGCAGAGCCAGAAGGUUCCGCUGCAGGUGCAGUCUUUCAGGGAGAAGAUGGCCUACUUCACGAGAGCCAAGAUAAAUAUACCAUCGCUGUCAGCUGACGAUGUAUGAUCGUGUUUUAUAACAAAAUGAAGUAUUUUUCCAACUUUAUAGCAGAGUAUUUUAUUAGAAUAGCCACUUAAUUAAAUAAAAAAAUGAACAAAGAAAAAAAAUUCCAGUAGUUUUACAUCAUAAGGGGUUAUGCAUUUGUAUAAUAUGUUGUAAUUGAAUACUGUCAUGUUAAAAAAGAAAAAGAAAAAAUGGCUUUCUUUUUUUUCCAGAGAAAACCAAAGUAGAGUUAAUUCUGGUACAUAUAUGUGCUGAUGAUGCUUUCUGUACAGUUUUUGUAUACGUGGCAUGGGUAUUUUUUCCCCCUCCACCAAGCUAGGACGUAGGAAGAGAGAUGAGAUGGCUCAAGCUGCUUGUUUGUGUUUGUCUCCCCCUGGUGUCCUGCUUGUGGACUGCAGGAUGGGGAGUGGGGGGGGGGUCUCAGUGUUAUAAUGUGUGGUGCGUGAACGAGCCUGCCGAUCGAGGGACGGACGGACCUAGGAGAAGAGCUGCAUUUCAAAAGGGCGAAGGUUCGCUUUUCUGUGGUUCAUCUCAGAGGUCUCCCUCAAAUUCAGUCACAACAAACAAACCCUGUGAAUGUAUGCUGUUUCCCUUUUUGUGUUACUGCACUGAUUUGCUUUCUGCUUGUUUUUUCUUUUUGGUUGAUAUUUUGCACCUUUUUCAUUGCAGCCACCACUGCUUAAUCAGUAUUCUCUCGUUGUUGUCAUAAUACCUUCCACAUUUGCAUAAAUCUUCUCAAAUGAAAUGGCACGUCUCGUUAAGGGCCGCUCCUAAAUAUGCUGAUAUCUCGGUUUAUUCACGGGAGAACGACGGUUAGACCUCUUAUCUACUGUGUAGCUUAACAGGUUCAAGCAAUAUGCCUUUUUACAUUUUUAAAAAUGUUUUAUUUUUCUUUCUUUUCAAAUAAUGCCUGACAGGUCGUCAGGCUAAAGAAACUGAGCAGGCAGAACACAAAUAGUGCCGGUGGCUUAAAAAAGUGUGUUUUUUUUAACUCCAAUGCCAAAUGAAGGAUUUCAGCUUUGCAAUGCAAAGCGUGGGUGACUCCACGAAAGGGUGUUAAAUGCGUGCUUCACGUCAUCGACGUCGUCGUAUUUAUUUUCCCCCCUCCUCGUAGUCUGCGUUUCCUCGCUCUGAUAAAAUCGAGACCAUUCCGUCUUCCUAAACCCGAGAGUGUUGUCGUGGUAACUUCGAGAAGACGGUCUGUGUGUCUUAAUAGGCCUGACGUUAUUCAGUGCUGUCCAAAUGAGGAGCCAUUACUGAUCGACUCUUUUCAUUCUAUUCUAUUCUCUUCUUUUUUCAAGUUUUUUUUAUUCUUUCUUUUUUUUAACUAGCUGAACAAGCACUAUUUAUACAUCGUUCAUUUAACUCUAAGCUGCUGGCUAAAAGCUACAAGAACAAACGAACAAUUUAGAUUUUGUUAAAGGAGUGUUGAUUCAGAGUAUUUUUCAGAAGUAACCCUGUGACCAAAAAAGUACAUAAAAUAAACAAAAGUGCAAAACAAAGGACACAAAAAUGCACAAAUUAAGCACGGCAACUUAUUGAUGCCUGAAAGCAAACCGACAAAGCAGUGUUCAAACAAAUGUUAGUGUCGUAGCCACAUUAUCCCUACUGUAAAGAUACAUUCAUUGCACAGCAGGAAUUUUUUAUUUUUAUUUUGAGAAAACGCCAUUCCAAUCCGUAGUAAUGUCUCCAUUUGGCCCUCCGUACAAGUGCGCGUAAGCAUGCCACGCACAUCAUUUGUUCAUUUAAAGUGUGUUUAAAGAGACCAGUAAUGAAAUGAAGGUUGCUGUUUCAGCUUGCCACACUUCUUGAUUUGUGAAAUGUACCUUAGUUGUUGGUAGAAACUUGUCUUUUUGAUUUAUUUUACAUUUAUUUAUUUGCUGUCUUAUUUAUGUUUUUUGGUUAUGUACAGUUCAGUUCUGGACAUUUUUUUAAAGUUAACACAUUUGAAGUUAGUUUGUUUCCCUCUUUUUUUAUCACCUUUUUCUUUUUUUCCUUAUAGACUAAAUGAAAUCAGACCAGACUUGGCAUCAAAUGCAGGCGUUUUUUUAUCUUAUGUUAUUCAUUUGAAUAUUCAGAACGAUAUGUAGCCAUACUGCAUACAUUAUACUAUAUACUGGUUGUCUGUGUAAAAUUAUGUCCUGUUGCUUCUCUUAAGUUGUUUUUUUAAAGCUAUUCAUGAUGGUGAAAUCUGUUUCUUCGUAUGAAGGGCUACUUGUGGGAUUUUGAACAAAAUCCCUUAAACGAUCAGAACAGACCAGUAUGAUUUAUGGCUAUUGUGCACUCGUGAGCAACUCGUGAGCUUCAGAAGCUUCCGGAACGUAAUGAUACUUAGUUGGAACAUGGAAGUUUAUGUCAUCUAAUGGUCUCCGAAAACAGGCUCCUCGUUUUUCAGGCUGUAGUACUCAGAUGUCUCGCUGAAGCUUUUUGUGUUGUUCUUUGCUUCUUCAGGAAUGUAAGGGAAAAUGGAUGACAAAGAACAUUUGUGUUUUCUAAGGGAAGACAUGGAGGAAGUGAUUUUUUUAAGAUGUCCACAGAGCAUCUUUAAGGGUUGUUUUUUUUUUUUUGUUUCUUUUUUUUGCUUGGCUGAGAACAUCAUCUGGCAGUGGAAUUUGAGUGCUUGUGCAUUGAUUCAAAUCCAUUGCCACAUAACACUCAACUAGAUGACAAAAAAAACAAUCCUAUGGAUGCAUGUGUUUUGUAAGGAGUUUGCAUAUUUGCAUAAAUACAUUAAUUACAAAAAUUAAAAAUAAAUGACAAGUCCUGCAUGUCCAGUGCAUAAUACUCCAAAGGCUUCCCCUUUGGAAAGAAAAAUAUUUUUUGUCAACCAUAUUCCCUUGCAGCCUUUCUGAUACAUGUAGAUCGUUCAUCCACUGCUGCACUUGGAUGAUGUGCAUAGGCUUACAAGCAUUUGAUCCCAAGUCUGUUUGGAGUACAAAUCCUUGCCUGUAUUCUGGUAUUUAGAUCAGGAAUAUUAUUCACUUUGGCUUGCAUUUCCAUUUCUGUCAAUGAAAAGAUUGACAAAAUAUUUUUCAUACAGUUUUUUUUUAAAUUGGUCUUCAAACAAAUUUUUAUCUCUUUUCAAAUUGUAAUCAUGGUUAAAAGAUAUAAAUCUGAAUUAGUGUCAGUUGUUUCAAUAUUUAUGCCAUCUUUAAAUUGUAAAUAAUUGUAUUACUCUUACAUAUCUAAAUGCAGAAUCAAAUUCACUAUAUUUUAUUAUUCUUUAGAUACAUCAGAAGUAUUGAAGCCAAUCUUGUUAUUUCAAGGGAUAUUAGGAAGAAACCUAUAGAAAGCCUUAAGUAACAAAAUUUUCUUUUCCAUUUGAUUCAAAUUUUUUUUUCUAAUUUUCCAUUCCCAAAAUAACUUGAGUUAAUGGUCAGAACUGAACCCGGUAAUGAAUGAAUGACAUUAGCAUGUGUGUCUGUAUUGUGGAGUUGCCUGGAAUGGUUUGUGAACAGUCGAACAAACAAGUAUUCCUGUCUUCACCUUUCAUGUGUUCCAUUGAUUGGUUUAAAAAAAAUACAAUUUUUAAACAAA